AUGCGGCUUCUCUUUAGUCUGUGCUUUGCUGUCCUUUGCUUCACUUGUUUUCCGGUGUCUAUUUUAAUUAAAAUAAGAUCCGAUUUAGUGUCUGCACGAGGAGCCCCUAUGUCAGAUACUGCACAGCACUCCAGUCAGGGCUGGGCAUGGAACCCAGGAGUCCUGACGCCCAGCCCCCUCUGCUCUCACCACAAGACCAUCCUUUCUUACCAGCUGUUUCCUGCAUUUCUUUUCUUGCUGUUGACAGUCGGCUCCGGACUCCAGCAGCGGCCCUGCAGGGCAGCCGGCCCCGUUUCCCACCGCCCCCCCGAUGAUGCCUCCACCCUUCAUGCCUCCUCCUGGAAUCCCCCCUCCCUUCCCCCCCAUGGGACUCCCUCCUAUCGGGCAGAGACCGCCAGCGAUGCCCCCCAUGCCCCCUGGCAUGAUGCCGCCUCUGCUCCCACCCAUGGCAGGGCCCCCACCCAUAGGACAGAUGCCACCCAUGGUGCCUCCCAUGAUGCCGGGGAUGCUGAUGCCAGGGGUGCCAGCUGGUCCUGUUCCUGGUGUGCUGCUCCGGCCCAGCCAGCACCCACGCUCCCGAAUCCCAUGGUGGCCCCCGUCCAGCAGAGCCUGAUGGGCAGCGGCUCCCCCAUGCAGGACGCCCCCCGCAAGAAGCCCCCGUGGAGUGAGCACAGGGCCCCGGACGGGCGCAUUUACUACUACAACUGCAACUCCAAGCAGUCCACCUGGGAGAAGCCGGAUGAGCUGAAAUCCAAAGCAGAGCUGCUGCUCUCCCAGUGUCCCUGGAGGGAGUACAAGUCGGACACGGGCAAGUCCUACUACUACAACUCCCAGAGCAAGGAGUCACGCUGGACCAAGCCCCGGGACCUCGACGAGCUGGAGGCACUCAUCGAGGAGGAGGAGGCUGGGAAGCAGCAGGAGACGCCGUCAGCUGCCUCUAGCCCCAGCCUGUCCUCGGCCGCCACCACGGACACGGAGGCUGCGGGUGGGGAGGAGCAGGAGACGCCUGCGCUGGGAAGCUUGGCCGAAGGCCCGGAGGAGGCAGCCCUGCAGCAGGAGGAAGUGACCAGCAGUGGUGACCCCGGCCGGCGGGAGGAGGAGGAGGAGGGGGGGGCCGGGGAGAGGUGCACCUGCAGCUGGAGCACCAAGGAUGAGGCCAAGCUGGCCUUUAAGGAGCUGCUGAAGGACAAGGGUGUUCCCUCCAACACCUCGUGGGAGCUGGCCAUGAAGAUGAUCGUGGACGAUCCGCGGUACAGUGCCCUGCCCAAGCUGAGCGAGAAGAAGCAGGCCUUCAAUGCCUACAAGGCCCAGCGGGAGAAGGAGGAGAAGGAGGAGGCUCGGCUGAGGGCCAAGGAGGCCAAGGAGGAGCUGCAGCGGUUCCUGGAGCAGCACGAGCGAAUGAGCUCCAUCACCCGCUACAGGAAAGCUGAGCAGAUGUUCGGGGAGCAGGAGGUUUGGGCUGUGGUCCCCGAGCGCGACCGCAAGGAGAUCUACGACGACGUGCUGUUCUUCCUGGCCAAGAAGGAGAAGGAACACGCCAAGCAGCUGCGCAAGCGGAACAUCCAGGCCCUGAAGAACAUCCUGGACAGCAUGAGCAACGUCAGCUUCCAGACCACCUGGUCCGAGGCCCAGCAGUACCUGAUGGACAACCCCACCUUCGCCGAGGACCAGGACCUGCAGAACAUGGACAAGGAGGAUGCACUGAUCUGCUUCGAGGAGCACAUCCGCACGCUGGAGAAGGAGGAGGAGGAGGAGAAGGAGAAGACGAGGCUGCGUGAGAGGCGCCAGCAGCGGAAGAACAGAGAGGCUUUCCAGAAUAACAGGCUGCUUCUUGCCCAGGCCUUUCUGGAUGAGCUGCACGACAGGGGGCAGCUGCACUCCAUGUCCACCUGGAUGGAGCUGUACCCCUCGCUGAGCGCCGACGCCCGCUUUGCCAACAUGCUGGGCCAGCCCGGCUCCACCCCCCUGGACUUGUUUAAAUUCUACGUGGAGGAUCUCAAGGCUCGUUUCCAUGACGAGAAGAAGAUCAUCAAGGACAUCUUAAAGGAUCGUGGCUUCGGCGUGGAGGUGAACACGACCUUCGAGGACUUCGCCCACGUGAUCAGCUUUGACAAGAGGGCAGCCACGCUGGACGCAGGCAACAUCAAGCUCACCUUUAACAGCCUGCUGGAGAAGGCUGAGGCGCGGGAGCGGGAGAGGGAGAAGGAGGAAGUGCGCAAGCUGCGCCGCCGGGAAGCAGCCUUCAAGAGCAUGCUGAAGCAGGCGGCCCCGCCCCUGGAGCCCGGCGUCUCCUGGGACGAGGUGCGGGAACGCUUCGUCAGUGACCUGGCCUUCGAGCAGAUCACGCUGGAGUCAGAGCGGAUCCGGCUCUUCAGGGAGUUCCUCCAGGUGGUGGAGAACGAGUGCCAGCACUACCACGCCAAGGCCAAGAAACACGCCAAAAGAGGCAGAAAGCACCAUCGGAAGCGCUCGCAGUCGGGCUCAGAGUCGGAGCUGGAGUCCCAUCACCAACGGGCCCAGAAGAGGAAGAAGCGGAAUCACUCGGAGUCCGGCUCGGAGCUCUCCUCCUCGCCUGACUCAGAUCUCAGCUCCCGCAAGUCCAGGAAGCAGAAGAAGAAAAGCAAGAAGAAGAGGCACAAAUCGAACAGCCCCCAGAGCGAGGGCGAGCGAGGGAAAGAGAAAGGCAGGAAGGGGAAGGAGAAGGAGCCGGAGCGGGCGGAGGGGCGACGGCGCUCCCCCCAGCGCAGCCUCAAGAGGGAGAAGAGCGUCUGGGACACGUCGGACAGUGAGCCGAGCGAGGGCGAGCUGGAGAAGCGGCGUCGGACGCUGCUGCAGCAACUGGAUGACGAUCAGUAGCCAGGGCUGCGGGACUGUCGCUGAGCUGGGGCCCCCUCAGCUCCCCACCCCCUGCCCAGCCUGGGAGAGGCUCCGGACAGCUCGGUGCGGGCGAGGGGCUGCUGCUCUGCCCCAGGACUGGAGGCUCCCGAGAGAGCAGAGAGGGGGUGUCCCGCUCCGCCCAGGACUCCGUCCCCUGUCCCUGUGGAUCCCCCCUGCACCCGAGGACCCGUCGCCCCCGGGGCUGCUGUGACCACCUCCGCUGGGCCGGCCCCAAGACGGCAGCGCUUUGGAUGGUGGGGCCCUGGGGCGAAUGCGGCUCGGAGCUGGCUCUCACACGUGGUUCCGUGGAUGCCCCCGGGCCCUGGUGCCGAGGAUCGUGGGCGCCUGGGGCUCCCCGCGGGGGCGUGUGCUGCUGAGUAGCUGGGACCCUCGGGCCUCUCGUACUCUGGGAAUUAAAGGGGUUUUUUAAAUAAUAAUAUUUAUAAAUGUG